AUGAGCGAAGAAGAGGAUCUAGUACCAUUUAACUCUAAGGAUGACACGCGUCCCCCCUCUCUAAGAACUAUAAAUUCUAAUAAUAAUCGAGGGCUAAAUUCUCAAAGCAGCUAUAUUUCUGAUCCAACAAAUUUCCAGCAGGGGCCUCUAGGUUCACGAACUAUUCCUGAACCAUCAGGAAUAUACAAUGGCACAAAUUUUGAAAAUUCCCAAUCUACUUUCUAUAGUGCAAGAGAUUUGGAUACAUCACUAGAAGAGCCAAGAAACCCAGCAUCUACAAGUAAUUACUCAUUCCACUCAGUUCUAGAAACAACAUCUGAAGAUAGAGAAGGUGAAACUAGUCAAUCCAGUUUAGGUGUUCAAGCAAACCGAGAUGCAUCAAAUUUAAAUUUUCAAGAAACAUCCUCACGUUUGUCUUCAGCAGGGCCUAGUAGUAGUAGCAGCGGAGUUAGUACUAGUGUAGGUUCUGAUGGCGCCAACUCUGAGAGUAGUAUCAGACAGAUUGAAUUUCCGCAUGCCCCACGAGAAGAAACAAUAACAGAAGAAGUUGAAGGCCAUAUUACUUCAAAUGAUGAUAAUGAUGAUAAUGAUGAUAAUGAUGAUAAUGAUGAUAAUGAUGAUAAUGAUGAUAAUGAUGAUAAUGAUGAUAAUGAUGAUAAUGAUGAUAAUGAUGAUAAUGAUGAUAAUGAUGAUAAUGAUGAUAAUGAUGAUAAUGAUGAUAAUGAUGAUAAUGAUGAUAAUGAUGAUAAUGAUGAUAAUGAUGAUAAUGAUGAUAAUGAUGAUAAUGAUGAUAAUGAUGAUAAUGAUGAUAAUGAUGAUAAUGAUGAUAAUGAUGAUAAUGAUGAUAAUGAUGAUAAUGAUGAUAAUGAUGAUAAUGAUGAUAAUGAUGAUAAUGAUGAUAUCAGCAAUAAUGGAAAUGAUACCAGCAUAGAAGCCGAAGCUGCAGAAGGCCUGGGUAGUAAUAGGAAUAAAGAUGACUACGAAAACGAGCUUGAGUUUCCAAAGGUUUUGCAUAGGGAUGUUGGAGGAGAACAUUCAACUUCAAAAUCUACUACCCCGGAGUUGAUAUCAGCUUCAAAAGACGAGGGGAAAACUAUAGUUACUGUUGAAACAAGGCCAAAAUGGGAAGUCAGAGAUGGCACAGGAAAACAGCAUUACUCGAGGAUGAACCCAAAACUAUUAUUGUCACGCGUAACAGGAAACGCACAUGGCUUAGAUGUUUACAAAGAUGUAAAGGGGCAUAAUAAUAUUGAACUGAACAAUAUUGAGGAUCAAUCAUUGCUGGGGAAAGUGGGACAUAGCAAUCUAACAACGAAUAUCAAUAAUGAUCAAUGUGUCCAAGCUAAUCAUAGUGGUGAUGAAAGCGAUAAUGACGGAAGUCAGCGAAAUAACAACGGUAGUUCACCUAAUGUGUACUUUUUAAGAGAAGAAGAUCACGCAUCUCAAAACAGUAACGUUGGAAUGAGGCAUGGCCUACCUGCUUCAUCGCGACGACCAUCGUUAACUACUUUUUUUAAUAAUUACAUGGAAUCAGAGAAUAUUCCUGGUUUCGUGGGGUUAGCUGCUGUGGCAUUGGCUGAAAUUCCGUCACCAUCAAAUUUGUUAGACCGAAAAAGGCAGUUGAAGAAAGACGAAGAAGCUAUACUAGAAGCAACAGCAUCUCAUACAUAUGAACCAACACCAGCUGCAGAAGUGCAGUUUGAACCUGAGCACACAUAUAGGGAAAUCCAAAAACGACGGCUAAAAAUUUUUGGGUAUCUUUUACAAGAAUAUACCAGGUUAGGAAUCCGGUAUAUACUGACCCCUAAGGGAUUCAUUGUGACAAUCUACUUUAUGCUGAUAGUUGCUUUUGGAGGGAUGCUGUUUUUGUUGUUAUGCAAUGCUGCACCUGCUAUGAGCAGAGAAUGGGGGCCUGAUAAUAAAGAGCAUUCACCCCGACAGAUAUGGAUAGAGAUUGACUCGCAAGUAAUCAAUGCUCUGUUUUGUGUAACCGGUCUAGGGCUUUUUCCCAAGCGAAUUCGAGACUUAUAUAUGUACAUGGUGGGGACAUACCGGAAGGAUAGUUAUUGUCGGCGCAAGAUUCUAAGGACGCACAGCAGCUGGUUUUUGAGUGAAUAUAGUGCUGAGUGGAAGCUGCUCACAGUAGUGCUUUUGUACAUUUUGAACAGCGUAUUUCAGGUGCUAUUAUGUGUAGCCAUGUGGAGAUACAACAGGUUUAACCGGCCACCAUGGGUCACAGGGGUUCUGAUCGCUGCCUCUUUUUCAUGUGUUAUUGUUGCAGGUAUUAUUACGUUUCUAGAGGCGAAACGAGUCAGAACUCUUGGAGUGAUUUCACAAAAUAAAAAUUAG